CCGCUCAGUGAUAGCGACCUUGUCGAAGCAUUCCCACCGUGACCGUUGUAGACGAACUGCCUUGAGAGGAAGGUCGACAUCCCAUUUUCGGAACUUGAACGUGCUCGCUUGUGUUUAGCAGUGUAAUGCGUCGACCGAGUCGCCUUCAACAUAAUCUGAGUGAAGAUUAGAAAGACCGAGGGAUGUUGUAGCACUUCGUAACAGACGUUACACCUGUCGGACGAGGAUGUGCGAAAUCUCAUGAGAAUCGCAGAAUUCAAUUCUUAGAUCCUGGCAUGAAAGAAGAGACAAACUCUCUUGAAGGAAUCCAUCUAGUUUAGCAAUUAAAAAAGUUUCACAAAGAGAAUAUUUCUUUUCCCUUCUCUAGUAGCAGUUUUGUAGAUUGCAAUCUUAACUAAUGGGGUCGAGGGGGGACGGCAGCCUUCUGGGGCGGGAGCUAUGGCCUCCCCCAUCUGAUGCGAUAACCAAGCUUCGAUUCUCUAGCUUUAGCGACCGUCUCCUUGUUUCUUCUUGGGAUUCUAAGUUGAGGUUGUAUGAUGUCUCUGCCUGUGUGGUUAGGGCAGAAUUCAGUAGCAAAGGACCUGUCCUCGACUGUUGCUUCCACAAUGACUCUUCUGGUUACAGUGCAGGUGCUGACCACAUUCUUUGCAGGUAUGAUUUCAACACUGGUGCAGAGACUUCCCUGGGUUCGCAUGACUCUGCUAUUACCUGCCUGGACUACUCCAAUGUUUCUGGCCAGGUCAUAAGUGGGAGCUGGGACAAAACGUUACGGUGUUGGGAUGCAAGGAGUCGUACUCUUGUUGGAACACACGUACAGCCUGCUCGAGUGACGAGCAUGUCUCUUCUUGGAAACAACUUGGUGGUUUCCACCAUAGGCCGCCAUAUUUUGGUAUACGAUAUUCGAAAAAUGUCAGAGGCUGAGCAAUCAAGUGAAACUCCUCUCAGAUUUCAGGCGCGUUCUGUCUGUUGCAAUUCUGAUGGCACAGGUUUUGCAAUUGGAUCUAUAGAUGGCCGCGUCAUUAUUGAUUGGUUCGAUCCUUCUCACGCUCAAGCCAAAAAGUACCUUUUCAAGUGCCAUCCUAAACCCGCAGCUGGGCCAAAAAUAUUUCAUCCUGUUAAUGCUCUGGCAUUCCAUCCGCUGUAUGGAUCACUUGCUACUGGUAGCGGCGAUCGUCAUGUCAACGUCUGGGACGUUCAUAUCAGGAAACGUUUGUUUCAGUAUUCCAAGUGCCCAAGUUCCAUUACUUCUCUGGCUUUUAACAGUGAUGGUCAUCUUCUGGCUGUGGCAUCCAGUUGCACCUUCGAGGAGGGCGAAGAGUCGAAUAGUCCCAUCAAGAUAUACGUGAGGAGCGUAAAUGAUGCAGAGGUAAAACCCAUUCGGAGAACCAAACAGUAGCGACGUCGUAGAUUACACGGUAUGAGCCCUUCUCAAUGAGGUGCUCGGACUCCAUACACUGACAGAUAUGAAAGAACAUGAACCAGCUACAUCCGACCUGCGUGGACAGUCACGAGACGGAUGUUCUCGAUGCCGUCUCCAACCUCUUGCGUGGAUUAUCUUCAGCUUCAGUCAUGAUAUGGCUAGGGACUUUGUGGGUCAACUCCUUGUUGGCUUUGUUGGGAUCAGGCACGCAUGAUUGGAGAACGAAGUUGUACUCCUGGCUGGGGACUUCUGCCUCAACAGUAAACAGAUCACCAGGGUUAUCUUUUAUUCACGGCUUCCUUAGAGGAUUAUUGCCUGGCACAUGCCCCUCGUAACAGAGCCUUGUGCGUGUGUGUGUGGUUGCACUAUAUAUAUAUACAUAUAUAUAUGGACUGAGAAAAGCGCAACAAAUUCAUUUGAAAUCACAUUUUAGACAACCCCGGGAUUACAGUGCUUCAGCGUUCAGCCAUAGCACAUCUCGUAUUGAGAUCCGCUAUGUAGUAAAAGCAGAGAAGAAAUGGGCUAAGACAAAAAUGGCUCGUCACAAAUGGGGUUGUCAUUACUCUGAAAUUUGAAAAUGCCCGCUACAAUGGUGUAGGCAUUUCAGGAAACUAGCUUCACCUCUCAUUCAUUGUUUUGAAAGAGUUUUUAGAACCGAGUGAGUCCGUGUAACAUAAUUCCUUGUGAACAGA